UCUCUCUCUCUCUAGAACAUUGGGGAUUUUUUCGUCUAUUUGAAUUAUUUUUUUUUACGGAAUUUUUUCAUCUCUUUCUCGAGAAACCCACCUUCUGUUUUUUGGAAAUCUGGGCAGCUGUUUUUUUUGGUUGUUGAUUAAGAUCAGUUGAGUUAUUAGAUUGGAUCUGUUUGUUUUUUUGGUUUUUUGUUUUUUGAAUUUCCAGUGGGGCUGUAAGGAUUAUUACAUCCGACAGAUAUCAAGAGAAUUUUGUACAAGUUGCGACAACACUAUGGCUGUUUCAAUGAAGAAUUUGGAUCCAGCUUUCCAAGGGGCUGGACAGAAGGCUGGCACUGAGAUAUGGCGAAUUGAAAAUUUCCAGCCUGUCGCAAUCUCAAAAUCGUCCCAUGGAAAAUUUUUCGCAGGAGAUUCGUACGUAAUUUUAAAGACCACUGCCUUGAAAAACGGAGCACUACGCCACGAUAUUCAUUAUUGGCUGGGUAAAGAUACCAGUCAGGAUGAAGCUGGCGCUGCAGCCAUCAAAUGUGUUGAAUUAGACGCAGCGCUGGGUGGGCGCGCUGUUCAAUACCGUGAAGUACAAGGUCACGAAACAGAGAAGUUUCUUUCUUAUUUUAAGCCAUGUAUAAUACCUCAAGAAGGCGGAAUAGCCUCAGGGUUCAAGCAUGUCGAGGCCGAAGAGCACCAGAUUCGUUUGUUCGUAUGUAAAGGAAAACAUGUUGUUCAUGUGACAGAGGUGGCUUUUGCUCGGUCCUCUCUCAAUCACGACGACAUCUUUAUCCUCGACACGAAGUCUAAAAUUUUUCAAUUCAAUGGCUCCAACUCAUGUAUUCAAGAGAGGGCUAAAGCUCUGGAAGUUGUUCAGUACAUUAAGGAUACUUAUCAUGACGGGAAAUGUGAAAUAGCCGCUGUUGAGGAUGGAAGGUUAAUGGCUGAUGCCGAGACUGGAGAAUUUUGGGGUUUCUUUGGCGGCUUUGCUCCACUUCCAAAGAAAGCAGCCACCAAUGAACAGAAGAGUAUCGAUCUUCCUUCGAAGCUUUUCUGUGUCGACAAGGGAGAAGCAGUACCAAUUGGGGCAGAUUCUUGGACGAGGGAGUUAUUAGAAACGAACAAAUGCUACAUUCUUGACUGUGGGAAAGAAGUCUUUGUUUGGAUGGGGAGAAGUACUUCUCUGGAUGGUAGGAAAUCUGCAAGCAACGUUGUUGAUGAAUUACUGCGUGGCCUUGAUAGACCUAAAUCUCACGUUAUCCGUGUAAUUGAGGGGUUUGAGACUGUAGCAUUUCGCUCAAAGUUUGAAUCGUGGCCACAAUCAACAAAUGUGACCGUGACUGAGGAUGGCAGAGGCAAAGUUGCAGCACUUCUAAAGCGGCAAGGGAUUAACGUGAAGGGUCUUCUCAAAGCCGAAACUCCCAAGGAAGAACCCCAUAUAUAUAUAGAUUGCACGGGAGAUUUACAGGUAUGGCGCGUGGAUGGUCAAAAGAAGACUCUUCUUUCGUCUUCUGACCAGUCUAAGUUUUACAGUGGAGAUUGCUAUAUCUUUCAAUAUUCUUAUCCUGGAGACGAAAAAGACGAACAUCUAGUCGGAACAUGGUUGGGCAAGCAGAGUGUUGAGGAAGAUCGGGUAGCGGCAUCUUCACAGGCAAGCAAGAUGGUCGAGUCUCUGAAGUUCUUACCCACUCAGGCUUGCUUCUACGAAGGAAACGAACCACUCCAGUUCUUUGCAAUUUUUCAGAGCUUCAUUGUAUUUAAGGGCGGUGUUAGUAAGGGCUACAAAAAAUACAUAGCCGAGAAGGAACUUUCGGACGAUACAUAUUCAGAGGACGGGCUUGCAUUAUUUCGAGUUCAAGGAAGUGGGCCCGAUAAUAUGCAAGCAAUUCAAGUUGAACCAGUGGCUUCAUCAUUGAAUUCCUCGUACUGUUACAUACUACACAGUGGUUCCUCUCUCUUUACCUGGUCAGGAAAUCUUACAUCGUCUGACUCCCAAGAAAUUGUUGAAAGGCAGCUGGAUCUUAUAAAGCCAAACAUGCAGUCGAAACUGCAAAAGGAAGGGGCUGAAUCUGAGCAGUUUUGGGAUUUGUUAGGUGGAAAAUCAGAGUACCCGAGCCUGAAAAUUUCAAGAGAAGCAGAAGCCGAUCCUCAUUUAUUCUCGUGCACCUUCACAAAGGGAGAUCUCAAGGUAACGGAGGUGUACAAUUUCAGCCAGGACGAUCUAAUGACUGAAGAUAUAUUCAUUCUCGACUGCCACUCGGACAUUUAUGUUUGGGUCGGGCAACAGGUGGAAUCUAAGAAUAAGAUGAAUGCUUUAACUAUUGGACAGAAAUUUCUGGAGCGUGAUUUUCUUCACGAAAAAUUAUCUCUCCAAGCUCCAAUAUAUAUUGUCAUGGAAGGGAGCGAACCGAUUUAUUUUACUCGUUUUUUCUCUUGGGACUCGGCAAAGUCGGCAAUGCACGGUAAUUCUUUCCAAAGAAAAUUGGCUAUUCUUAAAGGCGACACUCCCGUGUUAGACAAACCCAAAAGGCGAACACCUGUCUCGUAUACCGGAAGGUCUGCAGCGCCUGAAAAAUCGAAUCGUUCUAGAAGCAUGUCUUUCAGUCCCGACAGAGUUCGUGUAAGAGGCAGAUCUCCAGCAUUCAAUGCCUUAGCUGCCACUUUCGAGAAUUCCAAUGCAAGAAACUUGUCAACUCCUCCUCCAAUGGUCAGAAAGAUCUUCCCUAAAUCCGUAACACCCGAUUCCGCAAAACUUGCCUCGAGAUCCGCAGCUAUAGCAGCCCUUACUUCUAGUUUCGAACAACCUCCACCUGCUCGACAAUUCAUUAUACCACGCUCCCCUAAACUGGGACCCGAAACAUCAAAACCUACACCCGAGACAAUAUCGAGGCAAAACUCGGUAGAAGAGUCGAAGCCAAAGCCAGAGACUAUACAAGAAGAUGUGAAGGAGAAUGAAGCUGAAGACGACGAAGGACUUCCAGUUCACCCAUACGAGCGUCUAAAGACAACCUCGACCGAUCCAGCUGAAGAUAUUGACGUGACAAAACGAGAGACUUAUUUGUCGAGGGACGAAUUCAAAGAGAAGUUUGGAAUAACCAAGGAUGUUUUCUACAAGAUGCCCAAAUGGAAACAGAACAAGCUCAAAAUGGCUCUUCAAUUAUUCUGAAUUAUUUGGAGAGGCGUCUUAAUUUAUCUCGUUCAUCCUCCGAAAAAAAGGUCCAUUUUUAGCUGCUUCUGCUCAGGGGAUGCUCUUUUUUUUUUCCUUCUUUCCCCGAUACCCAGAUGAACUAAUCGCAGAUAAAAACUGCAAGCAUCUUCGAUACAUUUAGAUUUUUGGACGCCGUAGGAAUUUUCUUUGAUUUUUUGUUUUUUUUUCGUUUUUCGUGAGUUAGUUGCUCCGAUAUUCUUUUUUGGUCCCUGGUUUGCUGUGAGCUUGCAUUUUUUUAUUUGGUUUUUCUUUUAUUGUGGUUUGGUUUGUUUUGGGCAAUUGAUUUUUUUGCAGAGUGGUUGCAAAAUGCAGAGGUUUUCUUUUUUUUUUUGUAGGGUAAAUAGACACAUAGUAAACAAUUCUUGGGAGUGUAUACAUGAAUGUAAAACUAGUCCACUCAUUGUUUGACUAGCAAAUAAAAAUGUGUGUUUCUUAUUUUCUUCUUUCUUGUGUGUAUACUUGGGAUUAAUUUAUUAAGGUUUUGUGACAUUAUGUCUUAA